AUGAACCUUCUCACACGGGAGCCAGGUGAGACUCGACCGCUGGGGCCAUUGGACGAGUACAGUUUUCAGGAUUGUGAGUUGGCGGAUUUCUUUGUUUUUGGGAGCUCACGUGUACAGUCGCAUCUGGCUCAGAUGAUCUUGCUCUCGAAGGAUGCUGUUGAGUGUGUUCUUGACACGUUCGAAGGGGAGCGAGUGAUAGGGGUACAGUUCGUGGCAACGGCUUCCAAAGUCAAACGAUGGAUUUUCUCGAUUCACCUUCCUCACAGUGACAACGAUGAGGACACUUUCGCAGUGGCCCUCGCAGAACUUAGUACAGUGUGCCAUCGACAUCAAUCUGGUCAGGUUGUAAUCCUUGGGGACUUCAACGUUGAGAGAGAAAGUCAUAGAGCUUUUCUUCUUGACGACGUGCUGGGUCGCUUUGGGUACAAAACCUUCAGAGGUGGAGUGGCUACGCGCUUUGGCCGAAAUGGCUCUUCCGAAUUGGAUUUUGCAUGUGUUAGUCGGAAACUAAAUGCUAUGAUUAGGCGGAUUCCUCAAGCUGCUCGCUUGAUCGUUCAUUCACAGUCCAGACUGGAUAUAGGAUCAGAUCAUGAACGUAUCACCCUUGAACUCGCACUGGGAGAUAAGAUUCCGAGACGAGCUCGAAGGCGUCCCAACAAGGGAAGGUGUGGCAGAUGGAGCGUGGGUUUGAACCUCAACGAACAUGUCAGCCAGCUUCAGACAGUUUUCUCCGAGAUGUCACUGGUGGGUAAGUGGGAGGCCCUCAAAGAGACCCAGGUUGCUUGUUGCUAUAGAACUCCCACUUACAAGUUCAAAGAUAGUCCUCAACUAAAGCAGAUGUGCAAAGAUAGGACGCAGUGCCAAGAUCCAGACACCAAACUUCUGCUGACACGUGGUAUCCUCGCCAAGCGACGAGCAGAGAAGAUUGAGUGGCUUCGGGACCUAGAAGAGCGUUCGUCUCGUGGUGAAGCUGGGGCUAUCCGUUAUCUUCGAGGUCGCAGUAAGGUUUACAACAACAUGGAUGGUAUGGCCAGGGAGUGUGGUGGGGUUGAUGAAGCAGCAAGGGCCAUACAAGAACACUUCGAUCUUCUCUUUAAUCCCACAGUUUCGGAUGAGCACAAGCAAACCGUUGCGGAAGUGAUGAGUGCGCUUCAGUUGAGCUCUGGAGAGUUUGCAGUGAAAUUGUUCACUAAAGAGGAAAUUGACAAGGGUGUUGCUCGGUUGAAGCCUGGAAAGUCCACAGGCAUGAGUGGGGUGUCAAGCGAGUUGCUUACAGCUAUGUGGACAAUACCUCAAGGACAGUGCAUUCUAACUGAUUUCUUGAAUGACAUGCUCCAGAGCUCGGAAGUGCCUGCAGAAGUUCAUCGUGCCUUUGUUGUGCUGCUGCCAAAGGUGAGGGAUGUUCUUAGACCAUUGGACAUUCGUCCUAUUUGUUUAGUUGAGGUUACGAAUAAGCUAUUCAGCUUUCUACUUUUGCAACGUUUGGUGGACUCUUGGCCUGUCCCCAAUUGUCAGUUUGGCGCAGUAAGUGGAGGGCAGGUUUUGGACGCUUUGGCGGCAGCGCAUUGGCAAACCGGCGCAGAGGCUAUGAGGCAGCGGCGUUCAGUGUGGAUAAAUGCGGAUAUCCAGAGCGCUUUUGAUUCACUAAAUCAUUCCACUAUUGCGCAGUAUCUGCAGGAGCAUUGUCCACCGCAUUUAUCCCGUGAAACGCUCCAACUUCUUCGUAUAGUGUGCAGCCCUGUCAUGAAGUUCUCUUGGAAGGGCACAGACUGGGAGACCUUGCAAGGCCAAGGAGUCCAGCAAGGACACACCCAUAGCCCCAUAAUAUUUGCAUACAUCAUCGGCCACUACGUGCAAACUGAGUUCGAGAGGUGGAGGGUUGGGGGUUCUUCUUCCAGCACUGGGGACUGGGGAUGGCUGUUUAUUGACGACCUCCUGUUACACUUCGAUGACUGGCAUACAGCCUCCACCCUAACCCCUUUGAUGCAAAAGGCAUUGGCCUCCCUGGGCUUGCGACUGAAUCUUCGAAAAACCGAGUUACUCGGGCACGAGGAAGCGUUGCAGGAAGGUAGGCGACUCUGCCUUCCUGAGGAUCAUUUGCUGCGUCAGAUCUCCUGGAAAACCAGCACACAGUAUCUGCGCAAACCGCUCAGAUUCCUUGAGGUUGGAGAGUCAACCUUUCAGCUCUUGUUUCCAUCCCUCAAGCGAGCAGUCUACGUGGGAAUGGAAAGCAUGAAAUCCGUCUUCAAGAGCCUGUUUUGGAGAGAAGCUGAACUCGCUUUCAAGUUGGUAAACCGCUAUGUGGGUUCCAAAUGGUUCUGGUUUGGGCCUUUACUUAUCCCGAUACAGACUCAUGUGCAGGAAGUUCAGACGUUGCAGGUGUCGGUCAUGACAUCGGUUCUAAAGCUCUUCAUUCCAGAAACUGUCAAGCGAGACGCGGCUAUGUCCUUACACCGUUUGAGAAGGCGAGCGCUGUUGGUGUUUCUGGGGCGAAAUAGGCAGGUUUCCUGGGCGCACAUUUGGCGAAUGAGAAUCUGGGGAUACUUUGGCCAUGUAUUGCGGAGGCAUGACACUCAUCCCACUAAGCGAAUCCUUCUAGGUCAGGACAACUUGCAAAGGCCGCAGGGGGGUGUAGCGAAUACUCCGCUUCGGUGGAUACGGAGCUCAGUGGCCAAGGCCUUCUCGGUUGAACCAACUGUUGAGCAGUUGCUGAUUUGCGCAGCCGAUAGAGAGCAGUGGAGAAUCCAGGGAAGUCAGUACAUUGUAGCAAUGGGAGACAGUGAGUCCCAUUCCCACCUAGCGCAAAGCACUUGGAGUCACUGGCAGUAUUCAGUUCUGCAAUUGGUUCCUUGGCUUUUUCCCUGCUCGAUGGUCUCAGUCGACGGACGAACAUCGCUUAUUUGGAUUGAUGAGUGUGAGGGCUUUCAACAGUGGGACCUUGAAGAUGUCAGCUUCGAGGACCUUUGGACCUUUGUGACUCGAGUUCGUAUGCAGAGUGAUGCUUGGGUGUUCAUGAUCCAUGUUUCCACGGAGAUGUACGAGGCGCAUGCAGUUAUGUGGGGUCGGUUGGCUGAGGAGUGUGUGACAAACUUUCACCAAAUUGUGCUACUUGACAUUUUAGAUGAUGUCACUAUGGAACGGGUGACGAGCAAGUUCCUUCAGAGGAAAGAUCUGACGCCAAGGCAGGUCAAUGCUUCGCUUUUGGGCGCCUUUUUGCUUGCGCCUGCGUUCAUCCUCAUCCAGAAGGCCUACUACGACACGCUGAUCGAUUACCUCAACCUAUCUCUGCUGUCGCCGACAAAGUUCACCUGGGACUACACAGAGGUCGUAGCGCGCCCGAAGGAGGUCCUCGAUGAAGCCGGCGGUGCACUGAAGUGGCCCGAGCUGAGGAAGCUUCUCCUGGAACGCUGUUCGGCCAUGGGUCUCCGUGCGCAGCAUCUGCCCCUGCGCGUGCUGGCCAGUAUUCCGGAGCCCUUCCUCAACGACAAGGAUGCCUGGGUGCGUCGUCCGCGGGCUAGGGAUAGAUCGGCUAGCAAGCUCGCCCCUUGUGACAGCCAAGCCCUGCUCAGCAAGGAGCUGAGAAGGGCGCAGGCGAGAUUGCUGGUGGUCUACUUUACUUCGCGCAUGUGUGGGCCUUGCCAGCAGCUGAAGCCCGAGGUGCACCAGCUCGCAAGCGAACUGCCCGAGAUCACAUUCCUGGAGGUGGAUGUUGAGGAAAACGCGGCCAUCGCCGACAAGUACCGGGUGGAUGCGGUUCCCACUUUCCUGUUCUUCAGAAAUCAGGCUGGUUCGGGGCCGGGGAGGUUGUAG